AUGACGCGCGCGUCCGACGGCGACGACCGCGACGUCGUCGUCGUCGGGAACGGCCCGCUCGGGUCCGCCAUCGGCCGCCACCUCGCGGACGCGGGCGCGAGCGUGCUCGUCCUCGACGGCGGCGCGUCGCUGACGUCCGCGUCGAACGACAUGGGACGCAUCGUCCGCCCGCUCGACGCGGAGGGGAGGGAAGGAUGGACGCGGUGGAACGUGGCGUCGAUCGACGCGUUCCCGGAGUUGGAGGCGGCGUCCGGGAUAUCCUUCUUCGAGAAGAGCGGCAGCCUCGCGUGCGGCACGCCCGCGUUCGUGGAGAAACCCGCGCGGCUGAUGCGAGACGCGCGCGUGCCCUUCGACGAGCUCGCGAGCGGCGACGCCGUCGCCGCGAGGUUCCCGUUCUUGCGCGUCCCGUCCGCCCACGUCGCGGUGCGCGACGACGUCGGCGGGUUCGUGAACCCGGCGCGGAUGAUCGCCGCGCAGAACGCGCUGAUGACGAAGCACCCCAACGAUCGCGGCGUCGUGCGCGAGGGCGUCGUGACGAACGUCGCUGUGGACGACGGUUUCGGCGGCGCGACGGCGACGACGGCGACGGGCGAGACGCGACGCGGGAAGUUUGUCGUCCUCGCGGGCGGGGCCUACACCGCGUGGCUCGCCGCCGCGUCCGGUCUGACGACGAUCGCGCCGCCGCCGAACCCCGGCAACGCCGCGUCGACCACCGCGUCGACGACCGCGUCGACCGCGUCGCCGCUCGCGCGGUCGGGCGUCGGGAGCGUCCGCCUGUCGCGACGCACGGUGCUGCUCGCGGAGGUGACGGCGUCAGACGCGAAGGGCGUCUUGUCCGACAUGCCGACGCUGAAGUAUCAGCACGCGCCGGAGCAGCGCGACGUUUCGGUUUCGGCGGGUGAAUCGUCGUCGCACGGCGCGAACGAGGCGAUGAGCGUGUACGUGCUGCCGCCGAUAUACUACCCGGGCCCGGACGUCGCCCCGGGGUGGUACGUGAAGAUCGGCGGCGGCGCGAACGAUUUCUUCGAACGCGAGCGAUGGGCGGACACCGUGAACGAUCUGGAGCGAUGGAUGGCGUCCGACGGCGACGACGACGUCGCGGAUCGACUGCACGACGUCUUGGUAGAUUUGAUGCCGACGACGAACUUUCUGUCGCUGACGUCGAAGCCGUGCGUCACGACGUGCACGGACGACGGCGAGCUGCAGUGCGAACGGUUGGGGAAAAACGGGAGGGUGAUCGCGGUGGGGGGGUGUCAAGGGAAAGCCGCGGGGCCCGCGGACGCAAUCGGGAGAGCGGUCGCGUCGCAGGUGAUGGACGCGUUGCGCGAGGCGUGA